AUGACGAUCAGACUGCUUCAGAUCGACACCUUCACCGACCGGGUGCUGGGCGGCAAUCCGGCUGCGGUCUGCCCCCUCGACGCCUGGCUGGACGAGGCGACGAUGCAGGCCAUCGCGGCCGAGAACAAUUUGUCGGAGACCGCCUUCAUGGUGCCGGAAGGCGAGGGCUAUCGCUUGCGCUGGUUCACGCCCAAUGUCGAGGUCGAUCUCUGCGGCCACGCCACGCUCGCCGCCGCCUUCGUCGUGUUCGAGGAGCUGAGGCCGGGCACGGAGAGCGUCGCGUUCGAGACGCUGAGCGGCCGGCUCACGGUCACCCGCGACGGCGAGGCGCUCGUCAUGGAUUUUCCCGCCCAGCCGGCCAAGCCGACGCCGGCACCGGCGGUGCUCGCGCAGGCGCUCGGCACGGCGCCGGACGAGGUGCUCGCCGGCGCCGACUGGAUCGCGGUGUUCGAGACGGCGGCGCAGGUUGCGGGCCUCAGUCCCGACCAGACGCUGCUGACGACCCUCGACCGGCGCGGCGUGGUGGCGACAGCGCCGGGCGACGAGGGCGACGCAGACUACGUGCUGCGCUUCUUCGCGCCCAAGAACGCCGUACCCGAGGACCCGGUUACCGGCAAUGUGCAGACCGCGCUAGUGCCCUACUGGGCGGGCAGGCUCGGCAAGCGACGGCUCGCCGUGCGCCAGCUUUCGGCGCGUGGCGGGCGGAUGGUGUGCGAGGAUCGCGGCGAGCGGGUGUCGAUCGCGGGCCGCGCGGUGCGCUACAUGGACGCAACCAUCUCGGUCGACGGCUAA